UUUUGAGACCUUUCAUCCACAAUCAUAUCUAAAUAUCUCAUAAUAUCAUCUGAACUCUAUCCAUCCACAAUUUUCAAAUUUUUAUCCACUACUGCAAUGGUUUACUGGAAGCUUCAAUGGCGACUCCAAUGGCGUUAGCUUCUUCAUCCUCUAAUUUCCUUUCCCUUCCGCGCACUGCAACGCACCUUUCGUUCUCGCCAAAGUCGCCGGUGCUCUAUCCCAAGCCAUGCUUCUCUAUAUCUUCCCUCGCCUCUCCGGAUUUAGACCCAUCGUUACCCUCAAACGUUCACACCUUCUGGCAAUGGCUUCGCCAGGAAGGCAUGGUCUCCUCCAAGACUCACGUGAAGCCGGCAAUUUUCCCUCAAGGCCUCGGACUGGCUACAACCAAAGACCUGUCCAAGAACGAGGUCGUUUUGGAGGUUCCCAAACGAUUCUGGAUAAAUCCUGACGCGGUUACUCAUUCCGAGAUUGGAAAUGCGUGCAGUGGAUUGAAGCCAUGGGUUUCUGUUGCUCUGUUUCUGAUUAGAGAAAAUUUGAAGGACGACUCGCGUUGGCGACGGUACCUCGAUAUUCUCCCGCCACAAACGGAUUCGACUGUGUUUUGGUCUGAAGAGGAGCUUGCAGAGCUCCAAGGAACCCAACUUCUGAGUACGACUUUGAAUGUAAAAGAAUAUGUUAAGAGCGAAUUUCUUAAGGUUGAAGAACAGAUAUUGCGCCGCCACAACGAUCUAUUUCCUUCUCCAGUUACACUGGAUGACUUCUUUUGGGCUUUUGGGAUACUCAGAUCAAGGGCAUUUUCACGACUCAGAGGCCAAAACCUUGUUUUGAUUCCUUUUGCUGACUUGGUCAACCAUAGCGUUAGCGUAACCUCAGAAGAAUAUGCAUGCGAGGUUAAGGCACCGGCAGGCCUCUUCUCAUGGGAUGUCCUAUUCUCUCUCCGGUCCCCAACUUCUGUUAAGGCUGGCGAGCAGGUUUUUAUCCAAUAUGACUUAAAAAAGAGCAAUGCGGAGUUAGCUCUUGACUAUGGGUUCAUAGAGCCAAAAUCCGACCGCAAUGCGUAUACACUGACAUUUGAGAUUCCAGAGUCAGACCCUUUCUUUGAUGACAAGCUAGAUAUUGCUGAGACAAAUGGCCUUGGUGAGACUGCUUAUUUUGACAUUGUUUUGGAGCGUCCUUUUCCACCUGCAAUGCUUCCAUUCCUGCGGCUGCUAGCGCUUGGAGGCACAGAUGCAUACCUUUUGGAAUCUCUGUUUAGAAACUCAAUAUGGGGUAACCUUGAAAUGCCUGUUAGUCGAGCAAAUGAAGAGCUUGUAUGUCAAAUGGUCAGAAAUGUCUGUGAGGCUGCUCUUUCUGCCUACCAUACCACCAUAGAAGAGGAUGAGAAGCUAAAAGAAGAAAAUCUUGAUUCAAGGUUGAGGAUUGCUGUUGGAAUAAGAGAAGGGGAGAAAAGGGUUUUGCAGCAAUUAAUCAAAAUUUUCCAUGACAGAGAACUGGAAUUAGAUCAAUUGGAGUUUUACCAAGAUAGGAGGCUAAAGGAUUUUGGGCUAUGUGGGGAGCAAAGUGAAAUCAUCUUUUGGGAGUCCAAAUAGGAGGAGAAUUCAUGCCUUGGCAGGUUUGGUUCAACCACUAUUUCAUGUGUUACAAGCUGAUUCGAUUGAAUAAGACUAUUUGGAUUGAAGAAAGACUAUUUGGAGCUUCAGAAGUUGUUACAAGCUGAUUUGGAUUGAAUAAAGACUAUUUAGAUUGAAGAAAGACUAUUUGGAACUUCAGAAGUGAAUAUUUGCUUUUAUGUGUUACAUUUGAAGAAAGACUAUUUGGAGCUUCAGAAGUGAAUAUUUUACGAGCUGAUUUGAUUGAGGAAGGAUCAUUUGAAGCGAAUAUUUGUUUCAUGUGUUAUUCAAUUGAGGAAGAAUUAUUUGGAGUUUCAUAAGUGAAUAUUUGUAUCGUUGAAAUAGCAGAUAAAGUUGUGAUAAAUUGUAUUAUUGGAUACAGUUUUAUAAAGUGAUAAAUUGUAUUAUUGGAUGAAGUUUU